CAGCUUGUAUAUAAACGAAACACAUUUAACAGAACAUGUUAUAUAUAAUUGCAUACUUGACAGCAACAAAUCAAUAAUUGAAAAUAUAAACUACAGUUUGCUUUACAACAGCCAUAGCAGUCUUCAGCAGCAUUCAGCGUGUGUAGAGUAUGCUGACAUGCUGUUUCUUUCAACCAUUUUUCAGCUCUAUUUGCAAUUUUACAUUGGAAAAGUUGGUGGGAGUUUACAGCACGAAGAGUCAGAACACAGUUGUGAUCUCAUCAGGCCCAAAGAAUUUAAAAAGACAAAGUUGUCUAUGAGUCCAUUGAAAAUUCGCUGUGGCGAAAGAAAGGGUGAAUGUUUUGUUGAGUGUCUUCACCUGUCGCUGUGUCGUUCAUUUGCUGUGGCAAAGACAAGCAAUUGCAGUUCAUUAUGUCUCUUUUACAACGAAACAACUCUCAACGAAGAUUUAUUUCUGAGCGAUAAAGAAGCGACGUAUUAUUUUCUGGAGUCGCAGACCUGUUGUCGUGAAAGGUGUUAUAACAACGGUUUAUGUGAUGGGAAGAGUUGCAAAUGUUCGUGUACAAAAGGAUACACUUCUACAGGCUGCGUUUGUCCAUCCAAAAACACAAGUCGUCAGUUUAAUCGCCCAGGAAAACAGAUGUUAGCGGGAGAUGUUGCCCAGUUAGAUAUAGACGUUCACAUAUGGGCAGUUACCAAGGCUGGCAAAAUAUGGGUGCAAAACUUACGGCAGACUCCCGGAAGCUGGUCAGGAAUCCCGGGAGGCCUAAUUUGUGUUACAAGCGGUCCAUCCGGAGUUUGGGGGAUCAAUGUAAACCAUGGUAUCUUCUUUAGAGAAGGCGUUUCAGAUUCGAACCCAAAAGGAAAUAGUUGGACACAAAUUCCUGGCGGAUUGAAACAAAUCGAUUCCGGUAAUUUCGGAGUGGUAUAUGGCGUUAGCUACAAUAACGACCUCUUCUGUAUGCCCAGUAUCACCAAGGCUACUCCAAGUGGAACCCACAGCUGGAUUUAUAUUCCUGAUGUUAAAUUCAAGUACGUUUCAUGUGGCGAGUUUGGUUGCUGGGGAAUCAAACCAGACAACUCUAUGUUGUUUCGCACUGGCGUGACAGCCGACAAUUGCGCGGGAAUCGCAUGGUUGCAGGUCGAUGGACUCUUCAUAGAGUUGGACUCUGGGGUGACGGGCAGUGUAUACGCCAUCUCUCCUGAGCAUGAAGUGUACAGAAGACUAGGAGUGUGUGCGGAAAAUCCAACCGGCGAAAAAUGGUCGAAGAUUCUGGAGGGAAGGUUCACGGACGUCACUGUUGGCCAGGAAAACUUUAUUGCACUUUCUGAAAAUGGCACGAUUACUGUAUUCAAUUAACAAUGUUUAUCAGCUUAAUACUUAUCUAAUGAUACUAAUAAUCCUGCAACUGCAGGACUGCGGGACUGUGCUCGGCUUAACUGUCCCAAAUAUGGCUAAGCACCAAUGGCAAACUACCAGAGCUUUCGCAGUUACAACUUUGUAGCAUAUAUACGCACUGCACCUUGGCAUUUUACCAAAUUCGCGAAAACACAUAUAUAUAUCUCCACCAGUGCUAACUGACAUUGAUAUAAUAAUUAGGUUAAGCGAACUUAGAAGAUGAUAUACUUUAUGAUACAUAAAUUCCAUAUAUUAUAACAUGAUUUAGAUGAUAUAUAAAUUCCACUGGAAUCUUGUCGUCGAAGAAAUCACAAAAAAAACUCAAACGGCUGGAUAAACGAGAUUAUAAUUAAACUGCAUGUGUAUAGGAAAACGUUCGUAUCUUCGUAACGAGAUUUCAUGAUUAUAACUUGUGUUUAAUUUAUUAGCCUAGAAGAUGCUGUAAAGUCAUAUGACGUCAUGCGCGUCAAACAUUUUGUAUUUUUUUAUUUGAAAGCUCAUUUAGUUGUUAGCAAAUGGUACCUGCAUACAUACUGGCGCCGUAUCGGCUCAGCAAAGUAGAAAAAACAACACUUCUAUUACAUGGAAAUAUAGUAGAAAUAAAAAAUGGCUUUUAAUGUACCGCGAUUGUCGAUUUCAUCUUGCAAUACUACAAUAUUUUGGAUUAUUUUUCUGUUGCUUGGCAUACUCACAAAAUUGGUUCAGCUUACAGCGAUCAAAAGUGCUGAUAGUUCUUGCAGUAUUAUUGCUGCAAAACCAAUAAAAGAGAAGAAACCUUUGAUCGAUGCCAUAGAAAAAUCCUGCGUGGCGAAAAAUGGAGAAUGUUAUUCUAGAUGCAUUGGAAAUCCAACAUGUCGCUCGUUUGGAAUCGCUCGUGGCGUCGACGAAUGCCCUAAUUCACUACAGUGCUUUCUUUACUCUGAAACAGUGGCGGAUAAAAAUUCCUAUGGUAACGACCGCGAUUUCGACUAUUACAUAUCGGGUCCACUAACGUGCUGUACCAAACCCUGCAUUAAUGCUCAAGUGUGUCACGAGAAAACCUGCCAAUGUGAAUGCCCAGAGGGAUAUGCGUCAUACAACUGCAUGUGUUUAGAAGAGGAAUUAAACCAGGUUUUCAACAGAAAAACUCCGAUGAUGUUGCCGGAUGUAAUGAAACAGGUUGACAGCGGUGAACAGACAUGGGGAGUCAAAGAUGAUUUAAGCUUGUGGACCUUAGUUGACGAUCAGUGGACCUUAGUUGAUCAAAAUGCCCAAAUGAAAUACAUUUCAAGUGGCAAAGCUGGUACUUGGGGCAUUAACUCUAGUGACAGUGUUUUAGUGAGAGAAGUUACUGUUUUUGGAACGUCUUGGAAACAUAUUCCAUUUCCAAAAAAUGAAAACCAACUGAUCCAAAUCGACUCGGGAAGUUCUGGAGUGGUUUAUGCUGUUAACGGCGCAAACGAGAUUUACUGUCGUGCAAACAUCACAACACAAUCACCCUUUGGUAGCAGUUGGAUAAAAGUGCCUGGUGCCGCUAAACAUGUAUCGUGUGGUGAUUAUGGGUGCUUUGCAGUUCGAUCUGAUGGUACUGUUGCUUUUCGUAAGGGUGUCAGCGUUGAAAACUGCAAGGGAACAAACUGGACUGAUAUACCAGGUGACUUUAUUCAGCUGGAUGCAGGAAAAACUGGCAGCAUAUAUGGAAUCGGGAGAAACCAAAACUUAUAUCGAAUAGCCGCGAUUUGCGAGAAGAUGCCUUUGGGACACAAGCGAUGGAUCAAGGUCCUUAAUGAGAGAUUCACACACGUUGCUGUUGGUGAUCAAAACAUGUUUGCUGUUGCUGAAAACGGGACAGUUUUCAAGUUCUCUCCAUGAAGAUGAAACGAACGUUUGAUGAAAAUCAGAGUCCUUCUAAAUUUCAUGCAACAUGCAGUGGGUUCAUUCAUGAAAAGAGCAUAGACACACGCACGAUUGCAGAUUGCCGCCAAUUUUGACGGGGACUUUUUAUGUAGGACGCAUUUUUAGAGUGGGUUUGAGAUGAUUAUGAGUCAUAAACCUUGCAUGUAACCUUGUGAAAGAUUUU